AUGACUAACACAAUUCGUGUCUGUUUCUACUUCUCUUACAUCACAUUCCUUCAACUCGUCUCCAGAAUAUUGGCUCAAUCUGAAAAUUAUAUCAUCCACAUGGACACAUCAUCGAUGCCAAAACCAUUCUCCAGCAAACACAAUUGGUAUCUGUCCACUCUUUCUUCUGCAUUAGAAAAUACUCAUGUUACCAACAAUGACAAUAUUCUCAACACCGCUUCUUCUAAGCUGAUUUAUACCUACGCCAACGUCAUGAAUGGUUUUAGUGCAAAUUUGUCACCUAAGGAACUUGAAGCCCUCAAAACCUCCCCGGGUUACAUUUCUUCCACACCAGAUCUGCAAGCCAAGCUUGACACCACACACUCACCCCAAUUCCUUGGCCUCAAUCCCAAUAAAGGGGCAUGGCCCGCUUCGAAAUUUGGUGAAGAUGUCAUUGUUGGAUUUGUGGACAGUGGAGUUUGGCCAGAAAGUGAAAGCUUCAAAGAUGAGGGGAUGACUCAAAUUCCUUCACGUUGGAAAGGCCAAUGUGAAAGUAGCAUCAAAUGCAACAAGAAACUCAUCGGAGCUCAGUUCUUUAACAAAGGGUUAGUUGCCAAAUACCAUUAUCCCGCAACAGUUGAGAACUCAACUCGAGACACAGAAGGUCACGGGACCCACACAUCAAGCACUGCAGCUGGGAGCCAAGUUGAGAAUGCAUCAUUCUUUGGCUACGCCGAUGGAACAGCGAAAGGAGUAGCUUCAAUGGCGAGAAUAGCCGUGUACAAGGCCGUGUGGCAAGGUCAACUUUUCUCAUCUGAUCUAAUAGCCGCAAUUGAUAGUGCAAUAUCUGAUGGGGUUGAUGUCCUUUCCUUAUCUAUUGGCUUUGGUGAUGUACUCUUGUACAAUGACCCUGUUGCUAUAGCAACAUUUGCAGCCAUGGAGAGAGGCAUUUUUGUGUCCACGUCAGCAGGAAAUGCUGGUCCUGAACGUGGAACCCUUCAUAAUGGAAUACCAUGGGUCAUAAAUGUGGCUGCUGGCACUUUGGAUCGUGAAUUUCAAGGGACUCUUGCUCUUGGCAAUGGAGUCAACAUAUCGGGCUUGUCACUCUACCUAGGAAACUUCUCCACACACCAAGUUCCUAUUGUUUUUCUCGAUUUGUGUGACAAUUUGAAAAAUCUUGCCGGUUCGUGUGGCAAGAUUGUGGUGUGUGAAGAUAAGAAAGGAACCCUUUUAGAUCUAGUGCAUGCUGUUGGAUUGUCAAAUGUUGCCGGAGCAGCGUUCAUAUCAAGUAGCACUGAUACGUCGUUUUUCCGAGAGAAUGGUUCUGCAGCCAUCAUUAUUAACCCGGGAAAUAGAGAAACUGUCAAAGCUUACAUCAACAGUACUAACUCUGGUGCAAAAGCAAGCGUGUCUUUUAAGGUAACAGCUUUAGGUAUUAAACCAGCACCGAGUGUGGAUUAUUAUAGUUCUCGAGGGCCUUCAAGUAGUUGUCCAUUUGUGUUGAAACCAGACAUCACUGCUCCUGGUACAUCAAUCUUAGCUGCAUAUCCUCCAAAUGUUCCACUGGCAUUGUUUGGGUCCCAAAAACUUUACAGUAACUUCAAUUUUUUAACUGGCACAUCAAUGGCAUGCCCUCACGUGGCAGGUGUGGCAGCACUGUUAAGAGGAGCACAUCCUGAUUGGAGCCCUGCAGCAAUUAGGUCUGCCAUUAUGACAACAUCGGAUCAAUUCGACAAUACUAAGGAACACAUCAAGGACAUUGCGACUGAUUACAGACCAGCCUCUCCUUUAGCCAUGGGAUCUGGUCAUGUAAACCCCAACAAAGCCCUUGACCCUGGACUUGUUUACGAUGUUCAAGUUCAGGAUUAUGUCAAUCUUCUCUGUGCAUUGAACUUCACUCAACAGAACAUCACGAUCAUCACAAGAUCCUCUUCCAAUAAUUGCUCCAAUCCUUCCUUGGAUCUCAACUACCCUUCUUUCAUUGCUUUCUACAGUGGCAACGCUUCUUCUAAUCAUGAAUCAAGGGUAAAUAAUUGGGAGUUUCAGAGAACGGUGACCAAUGUUGGGGAGGGACGAACAACAUAUACUGCUAGUGUUACAUUCAUUAAAGGGUUUAAUGUCAGCGUCAUUCCAGGUAAGUUGGCGUUCAAGAAGAAGAGCGAGAGGCUAAGUUACAAGUUAAGGAUAGAAGGUCCAAGGAUUGAGGGUUUUGGGCAUCUUACUUGGACAGACAUGAAGCAUGUGGUGAGGAGUCCUAUUGUGAUAACCACACCACCAAUGCCAAUUUCUAGAUCAAUAUUGGGAUGAAGAAAAACUUUCCAUAUGUAUCAAGUGAAAAAUGUAUGUUAAAAGAUAUAUUAAAACUUUUUAUAUC